AUGUCGUCUCCAAUUAGCGGCAUGGCUUAUAACUCCGCUACUUUGAGGGACUGCUUUCUGGCAACUGCUUUGGGGGCUGCAGAUGCUACUGGGAGUCGGUACAAGCAAGACUCUGGUCAUAAUCUGCUUAUACCCAUCGAAGUUCAGAUCUGGCGAAUGUUGAUGAUAAGUGUGGACGUUGUCACCGACAUUCGGUGCGAGACUUACCGGAGCAGUAAUAUCGACCUACACUAUUCUACGCGGGUCACCACAAGGGGAGAUUAUGCGGGAAUCCAGCAAGUGUCGGAAAUCAGGAAUCAAGACUCGAAGCAGAUCGCAAAAGACUGGCGCAAGCCAAAGAUUGUGAACGCAAGAAGCGUCUAUAAUUUGCCUCCGACUCGGACUCCCCCAAGCCAUAACCUGAGUUUGAUCUCGACUAUGGCACAGUCUUGUGUUUCGAUAAUGCGGACCUUACCGACGAGCUGGCACUUUACGCCUGGAUGA